AGAAGCUUUAGAUGUGAUUGUUGUGGAAAGUCUUUUACUCAUAAUAGCAGCUUAAAAAGACAUCAGCUCAUCCAUGCUGAAGUUAAACCCUUUAGCUGUGAUCGGUGUGGAAAGUCUUUUUCUCAGCAUCACAGUUUAAAAAAACAUCAGCUCAUCCACACUGGAUUUAAACCAUUCAGCUGUGAACAGUGUGGAAAGUCUUUCACUUCCAAAAGUAACUUAAAAGGACAUCAGGUCAUCCACACUGGAGUUAAACCAUUCAGCUGCGAACAGUGUGGAAAGUCUUUCACUUCCAAAAGUAACUUAACAGCACAUCAGCUCAUCCACACUGGAUUUAAACCAUUCAGCUGUGAACAGUGUGGGAAGGCUUUUACUCAGGAUGGAAGCUUAAAAAAACAUCAGCUUAUCCACUCUGGUGUUAAACCAUUUAGCUGUAAUCAGUGUGGAAAGGCUUUUACUCACAAAAGGAACUUUAAAGAACAUCAGUUUAUCCAUGCUGGGGUUAAACCGUUCAGCUGUGAUCAGUGUGGAAAGUCUUUUACUCGCAAAAGUCACUUAAAAGGACAUCAGCUCCUCCAUGCUGGAGUUAAACCUUUUAGGUGUGAUCAGUGUGGAAACUGUUUUACUCACAAAAGUCACUUAAAAGAACAUCAGCUUAUCCAUGCUGGAGUAAAACCUUUUAGGUGUGAUCAGUGUGGAAACUGUUUUACUCACAAAAGUCACUUGAAACAACAUCAGCUCAUCCAUGCUGGAAUUAAACCAUUCAGCUGCAAUCAGUGUGGAAAGGCUUUUAAUCGCAAUAGUCACUUAAAACAACAUCUGCUCAUCCAUGCUGGAGUUAAAGCAUUCACCUGUGAUCAGUGUGGAAAGUCUUUUACUCAUAGAAGUCACUUAAAAGAUCAUCAGCUAAUCCAUGCUGGAGUUAAAUCAUUUGUCUGUGGCCAGUGUGGAAAAUCUUUUACUCAUAUUAGUAAUUUAAGAAAACAUCAACUCAUCCACACUGGAGUUAAAUCUUUUGUCUGUGGCCAGUGUGGAAAAUCUUUUACUCAUAUUAGUAAUUUAAGAAAACAUCAACUCAUCCACACUGGAGUCAAAUAAUUGUUUUGUGAUCACUGUGGAGGCUUUUACUUAUAUAGACACAUUUAAAAAGCACCAGAUCAUUCACACUGGAAUUAAAGCAUUUGUGGUCAGUGUGGAAAGUCUAGUUUAAUUAUCUAAAAAAAUAAAGAUAUCAACCAUCUUAAAAUUAAAACACUGAAACGUGAAUGGGGUGGAAAGUUUUAUAUCCAUAACACAAACUUGUUCAACUGACAAAGUGUCCCUCUGUAACAAAACUGGCAGACCGUCGUGACAGUACUCUGACAGAGUUCUUUUGGACAGAGUGAGAAACACAGCUGAUCUGAACAAAUCUUCUGUAUGCCUGGUCAAACUUAAAAACUUGAUCAGGCCUGACAGAAUUCAGCUUUAAUCUCCUGUUCAAUGCUACUGCGAGAAAGUCCGUUAUAUCAGUUAAGACCUUCUACAUGCUCUCUGGUGAAAGCGAGUGGAUAAACUUUGACAGCAUUGAGCAAGCUAAGUAUUAGAAAGACUUAGGACUAGGUAAAAUGAGCAAGUAAAUGGAAAGAGAUUCACAGAUGUGAUGUUUGCUUUGAGGGUUUGAUGGAGACUGUCAGAUCUUCAC